UACAAUGAAGAAGAAGCUAGGAAGUAUACAUCAAAUCAGGAAUGAUCUAUUACACUACAUCUUUCACCUACGUUGCUUUGAUGGUACUCAACCAGUCAUUAAACAACUGUAACCUUUCCAUCUCUUACUGGAUUUCAUUCUCAGAUCCAUCACCUUACUAUGUCUCUGGCUGCACAUUUCCAUCAGUGCUUGUAUGUGGACUACUCCGCAUACCUUUACACCUUUGUUCCUCAGUGAAUGUACUCGAAUGAUUGAAAUACAAUCUCAGAUGACUGAGCGAGCCCUGGAGCUUUUGGCUUUGCAAGAAGAUGUACCUUGUUUUAUUUUGGAUAUUGGUUGUGGUUCUGGGCUUAGCGGUCAAACAUUAGAAGAGUCUGGUCACUUUUGGAUUGGUGUGGACAUAAGUUCUGCCAUGCUGAGUGUGGCGUUAGAAAGAGAAGUAGAAGGUGACAUGAUGCUUGGAGAUAUGGGCCAAGGAAUGUGUUUUAGAGCUGGAUCAUUUGAUGGUGCUAUCAGUAUUUCAGCUUUGCAGUGGCUUUGUAAUGCUGACAAAACAUCUCAUAGCCCACCUAAGCGUCUCUUCAAGUUUUUUUCAACUCUGUAUAGCUGUUUGAGCCGAGGAAGUCGAGCUGUUUUCCAGUUCUAUCCAGAGAACAGUGAACAAAUUGAACUUAUCACUCAACAAGCAAUGAAAGCUGGCUUCACUGGUGGUCUUGUUGUGGACUAUCCAAAUAGCACCAAAGCUAAAAAGAUGUUUUUAGUACUGUUUACUGGAGGGCAUCAAAAGUUACCAAAAGCUCUGGGUACAGAAGAACAACAGAACACUGGAACAGACCAUAUUCCUUACAGCGAUAAAAGAGAAAGGAUGAAACAAAUAAGAGGAAAAGCACCUAAAAAAUCAAGGGACUGGAUUCUUGAAAAGAAAGAGAGAAGAAGAAGACAAGGACGGAAUGUAAGACCUGAUACAAAAUACACUGGAAGAAAGAGGAGUGGAAAAUUUUGAAUGACACAUUUUCGUGUUAUUUUGUUGAAAUUAACAUGUAAAUAAAAAAUAAAUUUGUUUGAUGCAUAGCA